GUAGUUGUGGGGGGGGGGCGGGAAAACGCUGACGUGUGGCGCGGACGGCUGGCUCUGAGAACCGAGAGAAAAAAAGGUCCGUUACGACACCGACGGAAUCUCCUUUUGAUCUCACAGUAACCAGUUUCGAUAUUAAAGGAAACAUAAAAAUGAUCAGAUAAAAUGCAUGGAAUGCAUCCUGGACUUUAAGAGUGAUGACUAAUAAAAUUAGUGGAGCAACAUUGGAAUUCCUCAGAUCCAAGAAAAAGCACUCAUAUUCCAUUCAUUUUGCAAUGGUUUUCGAAUGAGUGGAUCAUGAGGAACAUACUUUAGGGACUUGCCAUAGUAUGGCUGCUUCUCGAUCUACUCGUGUUACAAGAUCAACAGUGGGGUUAAAUGGUUUGGAUGAAAACUUUUGUGGCCGAACGUUAAGAAACCGUAGCAUAGCUCAUCCAGAGGAGGUUCCUUCUCUUCCACAAGUAAGAUCAAGAUCACCAAAGAAGAAAUCAGAAUCUCUGCAAACACAGAAGGGAAAUAGUAAUGGGAAAGCUAAUGAUGUCAAGCAGCAGAGUUCUAAAGAAUCAUGGGUAAGCCCUAGAAAGAGAGGCCUCUCAACUUCAGAAAAGGAUAAUGCUGAGAAACAAAUUGUAGAAAAUUGUGAGAAGAAACAAGUGGAACCUCUUUCACCAGUUUUAAAGCGUAAGCGUUGUUUACGUUCAGAGCCGCAACAUAGUUCAGAAGAAGUGCUACCUUCUAAAACAGGGAAAGAUCGGUUGGAACAUAAAAAUUCAGUAUCAGACAAUGUCACGGUCAAUCCAGGGCCUAAACGAGCUUGCCGAUGUCUUAUUUUGGACGAUAGUGAUAAAAGGGAGGUUAAAAAGGUAACUGUUUGUGCAGAAAAAUUAAAUCAUUCUUCAGUAACCGAAGAACUCAUAACUUGUCAAUCUGUCAAUGGGGUUAAUGGGAAUGGUUCAAGUGCUACAAAGUGUGGUGACUGUCCACUGGAUGGAGCCAGUGCACAGAAUAAUGCUGAUUCCUGUUCAUCUGAGGAAAAAAGUAUAGCAAAAAAUGGAAAUACAUCAUUUUUUCAUAGCAGAAAUAAGGAGGACAGUUUUAUAGACCACAGUGUGCCUUGCACAAAUUCACAAGAACAGUUAACCUGCGAGGACCAUAAACAAGUAAAGAACUGUUUAUCUGAGGAAACUGUUAACCAGAUACAUGAGUCAGGUACGGGUACGGGGUCCUUUUAUGAAACCCAGUCAUCUUUGCUAAGGGAUUCUGAAGAGGAAGUAGAUGUGGUAGGUUAUAGCACUGCCACAAAAGAGCAAUCUGAAAACACCAACAGCAACCUGGAAAGUUACGAUAAUGCAACUGCUUCAAAUGAACCCGAACCACCGGUUUUGGACUGUGUUUCAGCUCCAAUUUCAUCAACCUCAGAAUCUCAAGAACAUAGAUACACUUUGAGAACAUCACCAUGGAGGGCAGGCUCAACAAAAAAUAGCCCUAUUAAACAUAACUCUCCAUGUAAAGAGAAUGGACAGUUUGAGGAGAACAGUCAUACUGUUCCUGAAAAGAAUGUAGAAUCAAAUGUUACCAAUAUCAAUGGAUCUUGUGCAAACACAGAAAUUGCUCCAAGUGAAAGGGAAAGUUACUGUGAUUCCAGAGAACACCCAAAGGAAGGACUAAGUAAAUCAACUUCAGAAAAUAGACUUGUUACUCCACCCCUGCCAUCUGCCAAAGAAAGUGCCAGUCUUCAUUCUGUAGAAGAAGAGGAAGAAGAACCCGAUGUGUAUUACUUUGAAUCAGAUCAUGUGGCAUUGAAACACAACAAAGAUUAUCAGAGACUGUUACAAACGAUUGCAGUACUCGAGGCUCAGCGCACUCAAGCAGUCCAAGAUCUUGAGAGUUUAGGCAGACAUCAGAGAGAAGCACUGAAAGAUCCCAUUGGAUUUGUGGAAAGUCUCCAGAAGAAGGUUGAUGUAGGGCUUCCAUUUCCACAAAGAGUUGUCAAGCUGCCAGAGAUAUCCUGGGACCAAUAUACCACAAGCCUUGGGAAUUUUGAAAGAGAAUUCAGAAACCGAAAGCGUAACAGUAGACGAGCCAAGCUUAUUUUUGAUAAAGGUUUACCUACAAGACCAAAAAGCCCUUUGGAUCCAAGAAAGGAUGGAGAGGCUACUUCAUACUCCGUUUUGCCUUUCAGUGAUUGUCCAGAAGCUUCAAUGAACAACCGUCCACAACAGAUGAUAAGGGGGCGACUUUGUGAUGAGACCAAACCUGAAUCUUUUAAUCAGCUGUGGACAGUAGAAGAACAGAAAAAACUUGAACAAUUACUUUUGAAGUAUCCUCCAGAGGAAGUAGAAUCUCGGCGAUGGCAAAAAAUUGCAGAUGAGUUGGGUAAUAGAACUGCAAAGCAGGUUGCCAGCAGAGUGCAGAAAUACUUCAUAAAACUGACUAAAGCUGGUAUUCCAGUUCCAGGAAGAACACCAAACUUGUAUUUAUACUCUAAAAAGUCCUCUAGUAGACGGCAACAUCCUUUGAAUAAACAUCUCUUCAAGCCUUCAACUUUCAUGACCUCCCAUGAACCUCCUGUGUUUAUGGAUGAAGAUGAAGAAAGAUCCUGUUUUCACAGUCACAUGGCCAAUGCAGCAGAGGAAGAACCAUCAGAUGAAGAAAGUAUCCCUGUAGCAUAUCGUGAAUUACCAGAAUAUAAAGAGCUGCUGAAAUAUAAAAAGCUGAGGAAGCAGAAGGUGCAGCAAAUGCAUGCAGAAAGUGGCUUUGUCCAGCACAUUGGCUUUAAGUGUGAUAACUGUGGAACUGAUCCAAUUCAAGGCAUUCGGUGGCACUGCCAAGACUGCCCUCCAGAACUGUCUUUGGAUUUUUGUGAUUCUUGUUCUGACUGUCUGCAUGAAACAGAUAUUCACAAGGAAAAUCACCGAUUGGAGCCUAUUUACAGAGCAGAAAUGUUCUUAGAUAGAGACUACUGCAUGUCCCAAGGCCCCAGCUAUAAUUAUCUUGACCCCAACUACUUUCCUGCCAAUAGAUGACAAGGAAAGCAGAUGUGCAACCUGAAAACAUAGUGUCACUUCUGAAAACCCAACAGCGGCACAGUCAUUGAUUCUGUGCCCACUUUGGAAAGACAUAUACUUUCCCAGGAAUGUCAUCCACUGCAUGAGAGCUUCCCAGGUGCCCUUCUCAAAAUACAGCUCUCUGAUCCGUCUUGUUACUAAAUCACUAAAUAGAGGUUGAACAUUCCUAGUGUGCAGGUGGCUGUACCGGGCAGAUUUUCUUCACUCCAUUAGUCCUUUUUUU